AUGGCUGCUCCUCGUCGCAGGAACUUGUUCAGGCGUAGACGGCGCGCUGAGGAUGAGGGCGAGGAUGACGGAUCAGUUGCCACGGAGCAGAUAGAUUCGCAGAGCGAGGCAUCGAUACCCAGCGACAUUGAUGAAUCCGCCGACGCCGACGAUAGCGACCUGAGCGAAACAGCAUCAGCGGCGACCGGGCGCACAAAACCAAAGUCAAAUGGACUCCGCAAGGUCCCCAGCAGGCAACAGGAGGCCGCGACCACCGAAGGCGCACCUCGGACGCCUCGGACAGAAAGCGAGUUCACCAAGUUGACGGACACGGAGGCGAUGAUGAACGGAUUGAAGAUUCCGAAGGAGAACACGCAGGAGGAAGCAGUGGAUUUUGAGGACAUGGGCGCGACGCCAGUCCAGGCUGUGGAGCCGCAGGCAGCAUUGGCACAAACCACGGGCAACCGGCAAGAGACGCCAGCAGAGCGGAGGAAGCGGGAGCACGACGAAUACAAGAAGAAGCGCGACUCGGACCCUGCCUUCAUACCGAACCGAGGGGCUUUCUUCAUGCACGACCACCGGUCUGCUGCGCCAGGGCAGAAUGGCUUCCGACCGUUUGGGCGAGGACGCGGUCGAGGUGGGCCGGCUGUGGGCGGACCGUUUUCACCUGCUAAUACACGGGCGCAAGCCAGCGAAGCUACUAGCGCGCCAUGGGCUCACGACCUCCACGAGACACUGAACGAGGUCGGCAAGAAGCCCACGCCCCCAAAAGUAGAGCCGGCUCCAGCAACAGCGCCUGCAAGCGAGCCACAGCCGCCGAAAGUCACUGCUCCCGCACCGCGGUCUGCACCUGCACCCGCACCGAAUCGAUCGUUCUCGACGUCUAGACAUAUCGGCAACAUCCAGAUCCGCGUCUUCCUACCUGGGAUGAAAGCGCCCAUAAUGUUCUCCGGCGUGCCUGUAAAGCAGCACACCCGAUUACCCAACCACCGCCCUCCGCUCCGUCGCGACAAGCCUGUACGGAUAUCGCUGCCGGAACAACCACCACGCUACAUCUUCCCUGCGACCGAGCGAUCGUUCAUCUUCAUACCGCGAGCACUCCGGCCGAACCAGCAAGGCUUUGGACGAGGUAGACUAAAUCCAAGGCUUGGUUCGUACGGUGGUUUCUCAAGCCGGCGGACAAGCGUAUAUGGCGGCAGUAUCCACUCUCCAAGCAUUGCAAUGAGUCGGCGGUCCUCUCUAGCCCGUGAAAUCACGAAAGACGGCAUGGCCUCGCCCGUUGGUUCAGUAAUGUCCCGACCGCCCGGCGCACCGAUCGACCCCGGACGGCCCGUUGUACGGAUGCCACCCGGAAGCCAGCAGCACACCGCGGCCGGCACACCUAUCCAGAUAACGCCCGGCGGUGGCACGCCCGUCGGACCGCAAGCCUACCCUCUCCCGCAGAAGCCCGCAUUCCGCGAGAACUGGCAAACGCCUCUACCCAUGCACCAGCCCCGCCCCCAAAAGACCGUCUCAGUAGCCGGCAUCGAGUCCCCCGCCUCCCUCACCUUCCACGCGCCACAGCAGCAGGAACAACAGCCCUUCGCGCAACAACUCCCCGCCCACAUGAACGGCAGCGCCCCUGUCGCAGAUCCAGCGUCUUUCUACCCACAUGCACAGCAGCUCGCUUACCCGGUUCAGCCAUCUGGCGGCACGCCCCUCUCCAACAUCCCAGAACGCGCGAUCCACGCCCCAGCCUUCCAGCCCUAUGGUCAACAGGCUUUCCAGCCGCCGCAGCAGUAUCCGCAGGCCGCGUACUUCUAUCCCGCGCCUGCGAGCACGGGAGGGACGCAGUACGCGACUGUCUACGCGCCUGUCUUUGUGCCCGGCGCAGCGCCGCACCAGCCGACAUAUCACUUCGUGCCCGCCGCGAUGCCGGCACCGCAGCACGCUGCCCAGCAGCUGCAGGCACCGGUUGCGCAGCCGUCGGCCACUCAACCUCAGACGGGGGCGAGCACGCUAGUAGCGCACGAGCAGAACGGAAUGGUUUAUUACUACGAUGCGAGCCAGGUGCAGGCACCGGUGGCGGUGCCGAUGCAGGGCAUGCCGAUGUUUGCGCCGGGUGUGGAGGCUAUGUAUACGAUGCCGGGCAUGGGGGGCAUGAUGACGCCGAGUCCGGAUGCGGCGUACUUUGUGUCGCAGGGCUCGGGGACGACCCCGGGUGGACAGGUGUUUUAUCCGGCGAGAUGA